AUUUUUUUUUUUUUGCAUAAAGGAAUAUAAAACUAUUUAUUAGCCACUGUUCACCAGUAUUUACAAUAAAGUAAACAAUAUACAAUUGGAUAACAUUCUGAUUACUACAAAGUUGUUUUUCCCGGCUUUUGUUAAACCAGUAAAGCAAGUAACUGAAAGACUGAGCCUACAUGUAAGGAAUGAGUUGGGGUAAAGAAAAAACAUGCAGGUCAAUAGGUUAGAUUACAAAAGGUUGCUCAUACAUUUAUGUCAGCAGGUUAUAAACCGCCAACAUCUCUAUCUCAUUAGGUUUCUAUGAACCAAGUCUUAGAUGUUCCAUGAAUCAUGACCUUUUAGUCAAUGUAGCAACAGGGAUUUCGACAGUUUGUUAAGGAAUAGCCUGCUAGCAGAUUUUUAAAUGUUCAUCUAACUUAGUUUUGUUUAGCUAAUUAAAACACGCUGGUACUUGUGUAGUUUCCUUAUAUGGAUGGGGAAACCUCCUGUAAUGGUAGUGAUAAAUUUUCCUUUUAGGAGUUUUGCCAACAAAAAACUGCAUUUAUAGAUAUAGAUGCUUUAAAAUUAUCCAAUUUAAAUUGUCCUAUUAAUUAUAAUCAAUUCUGAACAGCUCUCUGCGGAGAGGCGAUGCUGGCACCCUUCUCCAAAGGAGUGAAAGUUCCCUCUGUGUGCCUGGGUCUGGGCCUUUUUUAUGGACUCAGAGUGGAAAGUGCAUACUGAUUGGUUUGUGGGUAUGCAAAAAAAGGUUAAAAUGAAGACACUAUUCAAAGGUGGCCACACAGUGUAGUAAACCAAUUAGGAAAGGGUGAGUAUAUGUAAAGUAGUUGAAGGAUGGGGACCAAUCAGAGGAAAGUGUGCCAAACAGGAAGACAAGUUCUCAAGAAGUUCUCAACCCAGACUGAGGAUUUAACUUGUAGCUUGUCUUUCAGGCUUUAAACUGCCCCUGGUGUGGAGGUGGGGUUUCAUCGGGGACCCCUCGCUGCCUACCUAGGCAUCUGACUGCAUCCUGUCUGCUAUCACUAGGUCCCAAGGUUUGUAGCAAGGACCCCUUACAAAGACAUCCCUACAGUCUAUCCAAAGGUUAAUCUCACAACAUGUUUCAUUGUCAGAGUGAGAAACAAAAACACGUGAAAAUACAGUGUGGCACAAAUAAGGAGCUAGAGGUGAAUAAAGAAGCUCAGCCAACCCAAAAUAAUUCUGUGAAAAAUGUAAAAUAGACGUUACUGACGGCACUACCUCUAGAUACCAGAAAAUUCUACAAUUCAGUAAUGGAUCUGAGACCUGAAUUUUGGAGGUACUGAAAUAGAUGUAAUAGGUCUAGUUUUCAUUCUGUUCAUACUUUCGUUUGGAUCUGUGAUAAAAGAUGAUAAUAUCAUAUAUGUAACAAUUACAUGUCUGCAAACUGCCACAGUUUCAUUUUAAUUAAUACCUAUCUUCUCUUCAGUUCUUAAAAUCUUUUUAUUUUUCCACUCAGUUCUCCUGGUACUUCUGUUAUGACAUAAAAGAUGGCUGAAUGUGAAGAAACGCUGAUUAUACAGAUGUUAAAGACAUGAUGACAUCAUCCAUCUGACACCUAUUGGAAGGCUGAAGCUCCUGAAGGGCUCACACCAGUUAUCUUGCUGCCCCAGAAAGAUCGGAGAUGGCAGUUUUCCCAAACUGCGGCUUCCCCAGAUGUCUGCUCACCCUCAUUCUCCUCCAGCUGACCCAGCUGGAUUCAGUUCCAGUUAAUGUGACUGGACCCCCGGAGCCCGUCCUUGCUGUGGUGGGUGAGGACGCCGAGCUGCCCUGCCGCCUGUCCCCGAACGCGAGCGCCGAGUCCCUGGAGGUGCGCUGGUUCCGGAGGACGGUGUCGCCGGCCGUGCUGGUGCACAGGGACGGGCGCGAGCAGGAGGCCGAGCAGAUGCCCGAGUACCGCAGGCGCGCCGCGCUGGUCCAGGACGGCCUCGCCGAGGGGCGCGUGGCCUUGCGGAUCCGCAGCGUCCGGGCCUCCGACGACGGGGAGUACACGUGCUUUUUCAGGGAGGAUGGAAGCUACCAAGAAGCCCUGGUGCGUCUGCAGGUGGCUGCUCUGGGCUCUGACCCUCACAUCACUAUGCAAGUUCAAGAGAAUGGAGAAAUUCAGCUGGAGUGCACCUCGGUGGGAUGGUACCCAGAGCCCCAGGUGCAGUGGAGAACUUCCAAGGGAGAGAAGUUUCCAUCUACAUCAGAGUCCAGGAAUCCUGAUGAAGAAGGUUUGUUCACUGUGGCUGCUUCAGUGAUCAUCAGAGACACUUCCGUGAAUAAUGUGUCCUGCUACAUCCAGAAUCUCCUUCUCGGCCAGGAGAAGGAAGUAGAGAUAUCCAUACCAGCUUCCUCCCUCCCAAGGCUGACUCCCUGGAUAGUGGCUGUGGCUGUUAUCCUGAUGAUUCUAGGACUUCUCACCAUUGGGUCCAUAUUUUUCACUUGGAGACUAUACAAGGAAAGAUCCAGAGAGAAGAAUAAUGAAUUCAGCUCUAAAGAGAAACUCUUGGAAGAACUCAAAUGGAAAAAGGCUACAUUGCAUGCAGUUGACGUGACUCUGGACCCAGACACAGCCCAUCCCCACCUCUUUAUUUAUGAGGAUUCAAAAUCUGUUCAACUGGAAGAUUCACAUCAGAAACUGCCUGAGAAACCAGAGAGAUUUGACUCCUGGCCCUGUGUGUUGGGCCGUGAGGCCUUCACAUCGGGAAGGCAUUACUGGGAGGUGGAGGUGGGAGACAGGACUGACUGGGCCAUCGGCGUGUGCAGGGAGAACGUGGUGAAGAAAGGCUUCGACCCCAUGACUCCUGAGAAUGGGUUCUGGGCUGUGGAGUUGUAUGGAAAUGGGUACUGGGCCCUCACCCCUCUCCGGACCCCUCUGCCACUGGCAGGCCGCCCCCGCCGGGUUGGGAUUUUCCUGGACUAUGAAUCAGGAGACAUCUCCUUCUACAGUAUGAAUAAUGGCUCCCAUAUCUACACUUUUGACAACGCCUCUUUCUGUGGCCCGCUCCGGCCCUUCUUUUGCCUGUGGUCCUGUGGUAAAAAGCCCCUGACCAUCUGCCCAGUUGCUGAUGGGCCUGAAGGGGUCACAGUCAUUGCUAAUGUCCCGGACCUUUCUAAGGAGAUCCCAUUGCCCUCCAUGGGGGAGGACUCUGCCUCCAGGGAUGCAGACACUCUCCAUUCUAAGCUCAUCCCUACCCAGCCCAGCCAAGGAGUGUCUUAAAAAAAAAUCCCAGCUCAUCUGUUUUCCUUUGCUCUAACCCCUCUCCUCCGUAGUCUUCUGAAGCUUCAUCUGCCAGCUUCACCCAGCCUGCUUCUUCCUAUUGGGUGGUGAUUAAUUAAUCCUGUGAAGGUUGCCUUGCUGCUGCUAGAGAGGAUGAGGAUUGCACCUUCCUAAUCUGUUUCUGUACCAAUAUUUGGGGGAUGAAGGGAUAGGUAACUCAAAGUGCUUCUAGUGUUCUCCUCAUCCCUUAAGGCUAGAACCUAUAGUAAACUACUUGGAGCAAACUCAAAGGACAGCUUAGGGAUCAAGAUGGGGUCAGGUUAGCCUGGGGUUGUGGUUGAAAUGUCUUGGUAUCCCAGAUAAGGAUAUGUGGAAAGACAGGCUUUAGGCAAGUGGAAAACUCAAAAUGUGCAGCGGAAGGACAGUCUCAGGCUGAAGUCCCAUAAAGGACCUUGGAGGAAACUUGAUGCAGGGAAGUGAUGUACAUGAUGAACACACAGCCAUGGAGUUUUUACAGCCUAUAUCUCAAAUUUUCUAAGCCAUAUCCUAUAGGAUAGAGGAGACUGGCCCUACUUCUGUGGGUGCUAAGCUGUGGAAAAGUGGGAGCAGAGAGGAACUGAGACGAGCAGGGAUGGUCAGGCAGAAAGUGUGAUAGACGAAGUUUUGACAAAACUCAAAAGCUGUUUGCACAGCUGUCCCUUGUGUCCUUUUCCUUUCUCUGCACCCUCCUGUUGCUCCCUUGCCUGGAGGUCAUUCCACCCUCAGUUUGUUGACUCCACAAGUUUCCAGUUGCCCUCUUCUUUUUGAUAUAGAUCUCUCCAUUUCAAAAGCAUUCCUAGGAAUCAUUCUUCAGUGACACCACCACUUGAUCAGCCACCAUCUCAGCCUUAUGCCCCCUCAGCCUUCAUCCCAAUGCCCGAACCCCUUACACACACCUUCGUUUAGCUUCAACCGCCUCCAGUUCCACUCUAUGCCACCUUUCACCCCAUCUGGCUCUCCUACAUGCUGCCUCUCCUCGGGGUCCCCUAAUGCUACAUCAUUGUGCUCAGCACAGCUGGACCAAUUGCACCUCUGUAUUUGCCCCUGAGCAUGUUCCUGUAUACAUGUGGCUUGUCUUGCCAGUGGACUCUAGGCUCACACCUUCCGUUUCCAUCACAUUCUCCAGUCUCCAGGGUAGAUAUUGCUCAUGGUCUUUACCUAAUAAAUAAGUCUGUCUGAUUGCUGAAA